GCGAAGACCACCGCAAUGACGAGCGUGCAUCCAGCGCUGCGUGUGUCCAGCUUACAGGCGCUUCCGCUCAAGCUAAGACUCGACGCUCAAGCUGCUUGUCGAGUCAACGGGUCCUCGACAAAAGCGACGCUUGUCCUGCGCGCCUUCGACCCACCGCAUCCGACGCUGACGGUAACGCAACAAGCUGGAUACUUCCCUCUCGUGUACCAUCUCCUCGAUCCAAAGCUUGUCCCGGUUUUCGCUGGCGACGACUUCCCCGAUGCGAUCGAUAACACGACCCUGACUACGAUUUCCACCGCCACUAUUGCAAUGAACGUCUUCUUCAGGAUCGCUGCACCCAUUUUCCCUGUGGGGCCCGACCUGUGGCCGCGUUUGUGGCCGUGGUUCGCGUUCGUCUACCGUUGGUGGGGGCAGCUGCACGGCAUACUUGGCUUCCCCGAAAAGCCCGUGCUUUUCCGCAACUUCGUCAUCACGCUGGGGCGCCUGAGCGCGAAUGCGGGCGGCAAUCCCCACAAGUUUCUGCUCCAGUCGCCUGGACUUCGCUCUAUUCUGGUCAAUAUUUGGAAAGAGCAUGUCCCGACGGAAGACGUCCCACAGCGCCUUCGAAUGGUGCUAAUCGAUUUCACCAACUUCAUUAUGCCCCUUGUCCCCUCUCAGAAGGCGAAUAUGGAGGAAUUGGUCGCUGGCGCUGGAUCCAUGGAGGAUAUGGCCUCCCUCAUCGUGAUUCAUCUGCAGAGACUGCUGGACGACGCCAAACUCUCCGACCUCGAGGACGGUGCAUUCGUUCAUCUCAUACGCACGAUAGUCGGACUUAUUCUACAUGGUGACUUCAGCACCCUCAAGGGCGUCGGCAAGUUAUUCGAAACGGAUUGGUUCCUCCUCCCACUCGGUGAUCUUAUCGAUGCCUUGCUGGACAACACCGACUUUCUUCCCACUCUUCUUCGCUGUAUCUCAUCGCUCUCCUCCACCGCCGCAGCCGAUACUGGGCGCACCUUGGAGGAAUGCUGGAUGGUCAUUGAGCGCAUUAUCCUGUGUCGACAGGGCGAUGUGUACCCCAUGCAUGUCAUUCGCGCGGGUGUCCUUGUUGCCGUUAUUCACUCAGCUCGUAACAAUUACCCAGGGAAGGAUCUCGUUACCCCCAGUCUCCGCAGGGUUCUUGUCGAAAGCUUGGACCUCAGUUGUCUAUACCGAUACAACGCCAGCAUGCUCUCCACCGUGCUAAAGCUUCCUGAAAUCCAAAAGGACUCUCGACACCCCGCAUUCGUUAAAUCGGAAACCUACCCGCACUGGCUCGCGCUCCUCCACGCUGUUGAGGAGCGGAAACGCCCGUUGGAUCUCACCUACGCGCGACUGUGGGGCAUCUGCGCGAGACAUAAGACAUGCGAUAACUCAGCAUGCCAGCGUAUGACACUCCGCCGAGAACUCAAGAAAUGUGCUUGUGAGGGCGUCUUGUAUUGCUCAAAAUCUUGCCAAAAGGCCGAUUGGAAACGGGGGCACCGCGAAGUCUGCUCUGCAUACGCAUUCCUGACCCUGUCGGAUCGUACAGAUCGAUUCCUCGUCUACUUCGAUCGCAAAUACAUCCGCCAUCUGCUGGACGACGAAUACUACCGCAACUUUGACUCCAUCCUUGCAAAACAGGUGGUUUUCCUCGCUUCGAGAUACGCGAAAGUACGGGAGUCGGGGGGCGAUCCAGACUAUACUAUACUCCCCGUUACUGUUUUUAAUCACGCCUUUGGGCCCGCGCGGAUCGAAGUCAGGAGUAUUGAAGAGACUGCGGAAACUGUUGCGCGCUGCGAAAAACACCUCGACGCGCAGCGUGAAUGGCGCGAUGUCGUCCGACGAGCUCAGGCUAGCGAGGGAAGGAUGGCACUGCAUAUCGUCGACGCGCUGCACUUCCAUGGCGAGCGGAUCAUUGUGGUCCCACUAUGGGCCGCCUCUGGCUUGGUCUGGGACACAGUGAAAAACGUUGCGAGGCAGAUAUCAGCGGAAUGGAAAGAAAAUGGUUGGACUCGGAGCGCGGAGUCGGAGAAGCGUGUGGUGGAGGACCCGCGGUUUAAUAGCGUCCGGCUGGCCCGGCUGCAAGUAGAGACGGAGUGCUGCGGUAUUGAGCAGGUGUCGAUGUAUCGGUUAGAUGCUGCAGGCCAUUGA